AUGAGUGAGGGACGGAUGGAGUCAGAGGAGAGGGAACGCAGGGAUGAGGAGGUGGGCGACAGAGAUCGGAACAGAAAACAAGGCGGAAGCCGAGGCCCGUCGGAAGGUAACUCUGGUGGGCAGGAAGAGGAGCAGCGAGAUCUCUCCCAUGUCAGAAGAGCCAGCGCGAGCAGUAGCCGGGUGGACGAAGGCCUGCAGCAGAGCAACAGAGACCGCAACGAUGCCGGGGAUGAAUGCAAUGGCGGCGAAAGGAGGUUCGGCAGCCAACGUCGUAGCGGCAGCGGCGCUCGUCCACGGCAGCGAGGAGGCGAUACGGAUACCCUAUAUAUCAGCAACCUGCCCCUGCGCUGCGGAGCACUAGAACUUCGACGGAUUUUCGAGGAGGUUGGAGAGGUCAAGGACUGCAGAAUUGUCAACAAUCCCGUCUCAAGGGAGUCUCGCGGCUUCGCAUUCUUGUCAUUCGUGGAUCCCAGCCAUGCUGCGGUGGCAAUAGACCGAUUCGACAACAAGAUGAUCUUUGGUGACGGUGCUAGGCCAGUUAGGGUAGAGCGGGCGAAGCGCAACAAGCCCCAUAAUCCAACUCCAGGCCUGUAUAAGGGGCCGCCUGGUGCCAGUAUAAAGUAUGACAAAUCGGGGCGAUUGAAGCCAGGGUUCUUGCCGUACUACGCUGUUGCUCCUGGUGCGUCCCGGGAGUUCAUACCUCCCACUCCCUUCGGAAUGGAAUACGGCUCUGGUACGCGCAGCCAUUCUGGUGGACGUUGGGAAGAACGUGAUUGGGGCUCCAGAAGUGGCUACGAUCCAUCACGUUAUUAUGAUCGUAUGGACUACUCUGCGCACGCGAGACCACCAAUGGACUUCAGAAGCGCGAAUCCCGGCGAGUUUUCGUAUGACAUGCGAAUGGACAGAGGGUACGAUAUGAGGGCUGGUCGAGGGGGGUAUGAUGCCCGUGGUGCUCCGCCGUAUGACCGUGGAGCUCCCGUUUAUGAUGCUCGUGGCUAUGACAGAACGGGGUAUGAUGGCAAGUGGCAGCAGUAUGAAGAUCCUAGGGGAGAUGGAAGGUAUGUUGGCUAUUGUGACUACUACGGAGGGAACAGUGGCACCGGCGCCGCAUAUGAUGUCAAUCCCCGUGUAGACAGCCGCGAAGUCAAAGCCGUCGGAAGAGAACGGUCACGAUCGAGAGGGCGUCGUGAACGUCGUAGGUCUGCUUCACCGGAAGGUCGCCAUCAUCGCGCAGGCCGCAGAUGA